AUGGCGAAGCAGAACAUGGGGCAGAGACACAAGGCUCAUGCGUGGAUGGCAACUUUUCCUGCUGAUAGACUUCUCGGGAUCAGGUUCGCUGCUGAUCCAAUGGUGCACUACAUGCACGCAAGGCUUCAGCAUUCUGGUGACAAGUGGAAGACGAUGAUGUCUUUGAAGGCCAUCCAGUCCAGCGACGUCAGCAUUGCCCAAGCCCGUGAGUGGCCGUUGCUGCUAGCUGCUCAGGGUAUCCUGGAACAUACCGCUUUGCAGGAGAUCUCGACGUUGCAUGAUCGAGCAGCUCUGCUCGAUUGCCUUCCACCAACGCAGAGGACCCUUUCCCUUUCGAAUAUGGUUUUCAAGCUUCUGUCCAGGCAGGCUGCUCUCCUCACGGAGCUCGCCGCGGUGCACGACACCUACCCGUUCGCAUUGUUCAUGUUGCUGGUGAACCCAGAGGUUGCCAAAGUUAAGUUGAUGAGUAUUUGCAGCAGCGGCAUGGACGAGUACACGAAAGGCUUCUUGGAUUAUUACGGCAUCGAUAAUGUAGAUGGAGAGUUCGCUUUGGCUGAACUGACGGCGAUCUCAAUGUUAGCCCAGUUGGAUACAGUGCAGCUCGAGAAUGGCAAUGCUGGUAUCGAGCACGUGUCAGACGUCUGGAGCACUCACGUUGUCUUACCGUCGAUUGCGAAACUCAGCGCGCACAAGCUCAUUUCGAAGAGUUGGAAGGUCAAGAAAAAGGCGUUGAAGGCGAAGGCCGAGGGCAAGCUUGCUGUCCCAGGUCUCUCCGACGUGGCUGGGGAGCUGAAGUGCCAGGCCUCCACCAAGCGAGAGUGCGUGUCUAUGUGGUUCUUUUCUGCAGCGAAGCACGUUCCUCGACUCGUGGGCGACAUGGUGGAGAAUAGCAGGAAGCUGCUGGGCUCCUUGGUUACUGAAUGGGACGCGUCAUUGCAUGACGUUGUCGUUCACGCCGACCAGCCUCCAAUACCAGAUGUUCCCAAGAGGCCGCCCCAUGAGAAGUGGAGUUGUCAAUAUGCAGGCGUUUGCUUAUGUGAUGAUGCAGGUGAUGACAAGUGGGCUUUCAAGCUUUGGCUGUGCCGCAUGAUCUCACGCAGUUUUCCGACCAAGAAGUCGAAGUCGGCAGUUGAUGAUGGUGGCAUCGUGGUCAGGUUGCAGUCUUCGUAUCUAUCCGACUCUGAAGAAUCAGAUCUUGAUCGUGAGCGAGUCGUCCCAGAUGACAUCGAUAUCUUCGUGCACAUCUCAUUUAUGACUUGGUCGCCCGUGAAGUUUGCUUGUCGGGUGCUGGAGUGGCCAGACCAGUCCAUCGACGCUCGCGGGUACUUGCAGCUCCGAGGCACCGACGUCUACCACGCGAUGAUGCGCCUGAUCGACAACAUUUUCAGGCACUCGUCCGAGUGGUCUUUUCGUUUGUACAGCGUGGUCGACGGCAACGAGCCCGUCGCCAACAUCGACCCCAGGAUGGUGCUCGUAGAGCACCUCGAGGUUCCCGACUUUG